AUGUCUACCUUGGAGCAACUGCGACAGUUCACUACAAUCGUAGCUGACACGGGCGAUUUCAGCGUCCUAGAAAAAUUCAAGCCCAAGGACGGUACAACGAAUCCAUCCCAUAUCCUAAAUGCCGCCAAACAGCCCCAGCACAAGGCGAUUAUCGACCAAGCUGCCCAAUAUGGAAAGACCAAAUCAGAGCAUAUAGAAACUCAGGUCGAAUAUGCCGUUUUACGACUUCUCGUUGGGUUUGGGGCCGAGAUCUUGAACCGUGUGUCGGGCCGGGUGUCAACAGAGGUGGACGCUAUCCACUCUUUUGAUACCGAAAAGACUGUUUCGAUGGCUCGUGAGAUCAUCGCGUUAUAUGAGGAGCUCGGAGUACCUGGAGAGCGUGUUCUGAUCAAGAUUGCCUCCACAUGGGAGGGUUUGCAAGCCUGUCGCGUGUUAGAGGCAGAGGGAAUUCAUUGCAACAUGACCUUGCUAUUCUCUCUCGUUCAGGCUAAGCUUGCUGCUGAGUCGGGCGCUACUCUGAUCUCGCCCUUUGUCGGCAGAUCUAUGGACUGGUGGCAGAAGCACUUUCCAGGUCGUGACUUUACCGGUGUGAAAGACCCCGGCGUGAAGUUGGUAACCGAGAUUCAUCAGUACUAUGCAACCCACGACAUCAAGACCGAAAUAAUGGCGGCUAGUCUGCGCAACAUUGACGAGUGCGUUCACCUUGCCGGUGUUGGUCUAAUGACGAUCAGUGUAAAGUUAUUAGAGGAGUUAUCGAAUGCUGAUUAUCCUGUUCGCCAACGCCUCGUGAAUAACAAAAGCUGCAUCGCGAAUGGCACAACGGUAUCCUAUGCCACCGACGAAUCCAAAUUUCGUCUUGAUCUCUUCAAUGACCAUAUGGCUUUUGACAAAGUCGCGGAGAGUCUCCGGAUCUUCUUGAAAGAUGGCCAAGAAUUGAAAAACAUUCUUCGUGCCGCAAUUGGGGCUCUAGAGGUAAAAUGA